CGUCGUCUAGGGUGUCCUAGAGGUGCUCUAGGACCCAGCGACGGAGUGGGCAGGCGCUGGUCCCAUGUGCUCCGGUCCCCUCCCCCUGCCCGCCUAUCUCUAUUGUCUAAGGCUGAGCAGCCCGGCGGCGGCGGCGGCCCGGGUAGGGAUGAGCGGCUUGGGCAGCGCACGGGCGAGCGCGCACGGGCGGGAGCGCUGAUAGCCCGCUCGCACCUGGAAUUCCGCGCUGCAGACAUGCAUGUGGACAUGCGCCCCACAGCGCCGGGAGGGGGGAUCUGAGCGGAGGUAGGAGCGGAUCGGGUCCGGGAGAAUGGAAUCCCUUCGCGCUGCUGCCCCCUGGCUCUUGCUUGCCGUCGCGCUUGUUCACCUGCACGCCCCCCGAGUGGACUGUGAAUCUGAGCCCCCUGACGUGGUGUACCUGCCAGCUGAACUAAAAGUGCUCAAUGGCCCAGAGUAUUUCCGUCUUCAGCGUACAGAUCGCUACUUGCCAGGAAAUGCCUCCCUCGGCUCCCGCUCUGAGACCUUCCUCUUUCUCCACCGCCGACUCACAGGGAAGCCCACCGUCCAAGCUGGAUAUCCCCCUUUCACUGCCCAGCAGGCAGUACCAGCUGAUGACUCCAAGUUCCCAGACAUCUCCACUGCCUGGGACAUCCGGGCUGUCUCCAUCGAGGGCACAGUAUCUCCUUAUGAGCCAUAUGCCAGGGUCCUCUUCCACCUCCAAGGGCAGGACUGGAUGUCAGGACAGCAGGCGCUGCCGUGCGUCACCCUACAUGUCUUCCACCAGGCCCAGGUGAUUCACCGGGCCUGCCACCUCCAGGCACCGCUGGGGGUGUGCGUAGUGGAACUAGAGUUCCCCCCUCGCUGGUUCUCUCCUCCAGCUGGCAAUAGCCAGCGGAAGGGAGAGGAUUCAACCAUCACUCCUCUGAGGGCAGAGCUGUACUACACCGUGGAGCCCACGCUGCCUGGGAAGAUCCCUAGAGAGUGCCCCCAUGUGCGAAUGCAGGAAAGGCCACGCCCGGGCACUGAGGUCCCCAAGGAGAAACUGCACUAUGUGGGCCCGGUCGAUAUCAGAGUGAUGAGCCCUCCACGGCGCCAGGAAGUGCGGCUGGAUGACAAUGUGAUGGUCCGCGUUCCUGACAUGGCCCUGCGCCCGGGGCAGCUCUUCACAGCCACCCUCAUACUGCAACAGAACUUCACGGCUGACCUGCUGAUAGUCCGAGUCAAGGUGAAGAAAGGGUUACAGGUUCUAACUGCUCGCCCCACCAGGCCAGAAGUUUGGACUGCAAAGCUGGACAAGUUCAAGGGUACCAAACACCACACUGCUCUGGUCACUUGUCGACGUUCCAUUGUUAGUAGCUUGGACUGGAGGGCAGCAGAUUCCCCGGAGUUCCUGUACCUGGAUUUUGUAGUGGAGAAUGGCACAGGGGGCCUAGCUUCUACCCGCCCUGUCACCUGGCAAGUGGAGUAUCCUGGCCAGGAUCCCGAGGCUGAGAAGGAUAAGAUGGUGUGGGAGAUUCAAGUGUCAGAGCGAGAUGUGCGGGCCUUGGUUCCCUUGGUAAAGGAGCAAGAGAUUGUGAACACCGCACUCCUCACAGGAAUCCCUCAGUCCGUACCCGUGAAGCUGGUUGUGGUAGAGACUGGGGGAGCAGUGUCUGAGGUCACAGAGCAGAUGGGUUGUGAGUCUUCUAACAAGCAGGUCCUGCAGGUGUCCGAUGUGUGUGACGCUGUCUAUGUAGGGGGGAAAGAGAGCCGAGGGGCACGUGGUGUACGGGUGGAUUUCUGGUACCGUCGGCAGCAUGCUUCACUGCUCUUUACCGUCUGGGCACCACUGUUGCCUCUGCACAUUGAGCUGACAGACACCUCCCUGGAACAGGUACGAGGAUGGAGGGUACCUGGCCUGGCCUCGGAUGGCAGUCCAGCAGAACCUGAAGAGGGCGGCGAGGAAGGUGAGAGGAGAGCUCGUGCUUGCCGGCUCCAAUACCAACGUGCCGGCGUCCGUUUUCUUGCCCACUUUGUGGCUCACCCACUAGAUGGUGGCCGUCACCUGACCUAUAUGCCAAGCUCUGAUUGGCUGCUAGAUGUCUCUCAUCUGGUGCAAAAGCACGCUAGAAUCCAGGACCCCCGAGUGGCAACACUGGAAGAUGGGAGUGUAGUGGUUGGCCGUGAACCAGGAAUGACAUCUGUAGAGGUGCGUUCUCCUGUUUCUGACUCUAUCCUGGGGGAGCAGACCCUGGUGGUGUCGGAGGAGAAGGUCUCCGUCUCCGAGCUGCAGGCCCAGCUGGUGUCGGGCCUCUCAUUGACACUGUCUGUGGAGCCGAGACACCUGAAUGUCUUCACUGCCACGUGCCAGGGACUCUCUGCUCUGCGUUCCCUGAAGCAGGAAGCAAUACUGACCAUCUGGCUGGUAUUCACCGAUCACACCUUGGCUCCCAUAGAGCUUUAUGGCUGGCGGGAUGCGGUGCUCUCCCUUUCUUCCGUGAACCCUCGCGUGGUCUCUGUGCGGCUGGAUGAGGAGCAGGCUCGCCCAGUGGUCAUUGCCGAGGGGCCAGGCCAAGGAUCCCUCUUGCAACUCAGCCUGUAUCCUCCGGACUCCUGCCGUAAGGGCAAGCCUAGGGCUCCCCUCUCCCAGGGCACAAUGUGGCUGGAAGUGACCUUUGGCCAACGCCUCCCGACAACAAGCAGCCCACAGCCGCAGGAUCCCCGUCACCAUGGCGAGCCUCCUUUCCAGCGAGCAGAAGGGGCCAUGUCAGGUGAAGCAGUAACCGUGGCAGCUGUCACAGAGAGUGGGAGGGGGUCGAGAAGGCGUGGCCCAGCAAGGGUGGGGCCACCAAUGACCAAAUUUGAGGAGACUGGCGGCAACUCCUAUGAGGAUGCUGAAGAGGUGGAAGAGGAGGAGGAGGAAGAUGAGAUGGUGAAGGCGCCUGCAAAGGUGACGGAUCUGGAGAUCGGCAUGUACGUUCUCCUGGGAGUUUUCUGCCUUGCCAUCUUCAUCUUCCUCGUCAACUGUGUGGUCUUUGUACUUCGUUACCAGCGCAAGGAGCCUCCCGAUGCUGGUUCGGGGACAGCCUCUUCUGCCCAGCAGCCUCACAACUGGGUCUGGCUGGGCACUGACCAGGAGGAGCUGAGCCGGCAGCUGGAUCUGCGCAGCCAGCACUGCCAGGAUCGGCCCUUAGACCCUUCCAGCGCCGGUGAUGGCUGCUGCUGCUGCCCAGGGCCAGAGGGGAAGUUGGAGGCUGUGGCUCAAGAGAGCCCAGGACCACCGCCAGGGCCAGAAACAAGUGUGUCUGCUAGUACUGUAGGCCUGCCUGCCCCAGGAAGCCCAUCCCUCACCACCACUCUGUCCAGGAACAAGGAGGGCAGGGAGGGGGGUGGUCGGCGGAAGCGUGUGGAGUUUGUGACCUUUGCGACUCCCCCUGGCUCUGCUCCUAGCCCCCCAGCUUCUGCUCCAGCUGUCCAGUCCAUCCUGGUGGCCAGCGAAGAUGACAUCCGCUGGGUGUGCGAGGACAUGGGGCUGCACGAUCCAGAUGAGCUGCGCAGCUACAUGGAGAGGAUCCGGGGCAGCUCCUGACCUCAUGCUCUCCCGUGUCCCACCUGUACCCGUACGGGCAAACCAAUAAGGGUUCAGCAUUUGCUUCCCCCCCUCCCCUUGCGUACUCUCCCAGGGUCAUCCAGCUGGGCUUUCUACCUUUUUUUCCUUCUUAAGAGGGCUCUACACCAACAGGAAACCAGCCUUGGGUUACUCUGCUGGGAGCGGGAACUGGGCCAGAGAUACUCGUACUGCUCUCUAUGUUAGAGAUCUCCUUCCUCGGCUGUACCACUCAUCCCCUUCUCUUUUCGUUCUGGAGGGGGAUGUGCAGGCCAGAGUCAACCCCCUCCCGUUACUCUCUCAGUGGAGCUACCUCUCCUUCGUCUACCCUCAUCACUUCUCCCCCAUGCCCACCCCAAAAGGCUUUUCCUUGGGUUGGAGGGGGUAAGGGUUUUGCAGACUGGAAAUCAGCUGCCCGCCAGCAGUAAGCCAGCUGUGAUGUGCUCUGUAAGGGAACUAGGAGGGGGGGCUUUCCCCUGGGGCUCCCUUAUUGCUUUGACUCUCAUUGCCAGUUUGUGUCCAUUGUGAUGGUUUUAACAGCGAGUGUCCCUUCCUUCCUGUGGUCUGAGUCUGGGGCUCUUCCCCCCCCCACUCCAACUCCCCUCCAAGCCGGGCAAGGGCAGAGCUCCAGCAAGCACCAGCCAGUCCUUUUUCACCCCAGCUGUGUGCCUGGUGUCCUUAACAGUUUUGUACAAUCGCUCCUAUUUUAUACCUGUAGUAUUGGGAGGCUGCCAGGCAAGUCCUUUUAU